AUUAAAAAGAGAUGCUUAAAAAUAUCUCUAACACAACACAACUCCUUCUCCUAGUCAUCCUCUACAAUAUAAAAAUAAAAAUAUCUCCAUUAACUGUCCAACUUCGAAUCCAUCAACACACCGCCUCUCCUCUCUCGCAUUCUCUGAAGAGAGGGUAACGAAUCUGCAUCCAUUGCUGUAAGAGAGGAGGGAUUAGAUGGCGCCACCUGCAGUACCAGGAGGAGGUGCUGUUGCUGCUGGAGGAGGGCAACAGGGACAAGGACAGCAACGACAGCAGCAAGGAGGGAUGGGGCAAACAAUAACAGGGAUAAUAAGGAUGGCUGUUUUUUGGUACUUCAUAUCUAAAUUCAUCUCUCCCAAAAAAGCCCCUACGGACCCCUCCAUCCUCAUCUCCAAUCUCUUCCAAAAAGGAGAUUCUUUGGAUAUGUGGUUCUAUCUCUCUGAGCAGGAAAGGUUUAAUGACUUCAAUAAUGAAGGUGCGCUUAUUUGGCAUGAAACAAAUAUACCUUAUGCCAUUUGGGGACCAGAGAGCACAAGGUCUCUUUCUUUGAAAUACUAUCCAUCUGAGGCAUUGAAGCACAAUGGCACUCUUUAUGCACAUGCUUUCUUUGCACGUUCUGGAUAUCCACCAGACCCAAGUGAUCCCGAGUACCAGCCUCUUGCUGCUUUUGGAAGGACACACCCUGUUGUUGCAUAUUUGCCCAAGUCAAAAACAGAUAAAAGGAAGAGCCUGUUGGGUGAUUCCAAAGACUCCAAGGAGGGUGAAGUGGUUUCUCAGGUGGUUGAUGAUAGUCAAGCUGAUUCUAAAGAUGAUGGCCCUGUAGAAUGGAUUUCAUAUUGGAAACCUAAUGUUACAAUUAAUCUGGUUGAUGAUUUCACAAAAUACCCCCAUAAUGCUGUACCGCCAAAUAUUGCUCCUUACUUGAAUGUUGAGCCUACUUCCGGGAAUUACUUCCCCACCAUAUUCUUCAAUGAAUUCUGGCUGCUUCGAGAUAAAUUGAUCGCACUGAAUGAGACAGUGACAGAAUUGACACUUAAUUUGGAGGUGGGUCCAAUAGGCAUGACAAAAUGGCAACUAUUCAUGCAGAUUGAUCAGUCAUUCCAGGUUCAUCGUAGUUAUGGAAGCAUGCUUGAAGGCGAGGCUGAUGAACUGAAGAGGGUGUUCUUGGAAGGAAAUCCUUACCUCCUGGUGAUUACCAUGGUUGUUUCAAUGCUUCAUUCAGUGUUUGACUUCUUGGCGUUCAAGAAUGAUAUCCAAUUUUGGAACAAAAAUAAGUCUAUGGAAGGACUGUCUGCAAAGUCUGUUGUUGUGAGCUUUAUUUCUCAGCUCAUUGUCUUUCUUUAUCUGCUUGACAAUGACACUUCAUGGAUGAUUCUCGCAAGUUCUGGAGUUGGCUGCUGCAUUGAGUUUUGGAAGAUAGGGAAAGCCAUGCACAUAGAGAUCGAUAGAAGUGGAAGAAUACCUAUGUUAAGGUUCCGAGAUCGCGAGUCGUAUGCAGGGAAUAAGACAAAGGAAUAUGAUGACCUUGCAAUGAAGUAUUUGUCCUAUGUGCUCUUCCUCCUUGUUGCAUGCUCUUCUGUUUACUCACUAAAGUAUGAGCGCCACAAGAGCUGGUAUUCAUGGAUUCUCUCUUCACUCACAAGCUGUGUUUACAUGUUUGGUUUUAUCAUGAUGUGCCCUCAGCUGUUUAUAAAUUACAAGCUGCAGUCUGUGGCACAUCUUCCAUGGAGGCAGAUGACAUACAAGUUCCUUAACACCAUCAUUGACGAUCUUUUUGCAUUUGUCAUCAAAAUGCCAACAUUGCAUCGGCUUUCUGUCUUCCGUGAUGAUCUUAUAUUUCUGAUAUACAUAUACCAGAGGUGGGUUUAUCCGGUGGACAAAUCACGUGUAAAUGAAUUUGGUUUUGGUGGUGAGGAUGAUCAGGCAUCGGCUGGUGAAGUAACUGCUGCAAAAGAGGAAGACAAGAAAACUAACUGAGCUGUUGUCAAAUCCUUCGAAACUAGCUAAAGUUCAGAUAGGAUGUUUUGAACCUUUGUUUUCAUUUCAUUAAUUAUCAUAGAAUGUUUUUCCAGAGAUUUUGUUGGUAUUUGAUUGCAAUAGUGAUUUUGGGAUCCCCUUCCUGGGUUAA